AUGGCUUUGAUCGUUUCUCCGGCGAACCUCUUUCAGGCAGACAGUCGCUCGUCCCGCCUCCGACUAGCCUCUGAACUGGAGUCUACAGCACUCAGCCGCAGGGUUCAGCGCCCAUAUAAGUGUUCCGACCAAACGGGUCGUUUGUCAAUUUCUAAUUCUUCCGAAUUUCCCCUCACCUCUCUUCCUUCUCCUUCUUUUAAAACUUCCGGCCCCCCAGAAGAAUAUAAUUCUUCACCUCGCAAAUCUCGCAAAUCUCGAUCUCGCAGGAAUUCGGAGUCAAUUUCACACUCUGGCUUUGAAAGAUGGCAGAACGAGGAGGGUCUCGAGAAUCGCCUCGAAAAUUUGGCCUUGGCUAAAGUUCCUAGCUUCGGGAGGCCUCGGGAUUCAUUCAACAAAGACUUCUCUGCAGAAGGGUUCGAUAAUCAUUAUUCCGGCCCGCCUUUGUCAGAUCUUGCUGUGCCUCUGAAUUUUUCUGAGUGGGACAGCUCCGUAGCGAUAUAUAAGACUGCUCCUUCGCAAGGCGACUCCGCUGGUUCUUCUGGUGUCUCUCGCCAAAGCGACAAGUCUGUACGCCGAAACCGACAGGGGUAUGGAACACGAGACAAAUAUGGUGAUUUCCCACCAGGAGGCCGCGGAAGGCCUGGUGGCGACGAUGGAGAGCCUCCUUCCCUACCACAACCGAUUGAGCCACCAGCCAGCGAUGGAAAAAAAUAUUAUGCUUGUUGGUUCUGGUUAUACGAUCCAGUCAAAUACCACUCGUGUGGAGACAUUAGAAAAGAAGCGCAUCACCUGAAGCAUGUGCAUUUGCCCAAACAUUUCCCAAACGGCCUCCCUUCGACACUCAAGCACCGGAUGAACUACGAUGCCGUUUGGUACGUUCUUUUCCCAGGAAUUGAUCUGCCAGGUAUGAAGGAUAGAGAUGAAAGGUUGCUUGACAUGGCCCGACAAUACUACACUUCAACGAUGACGGUGCAUCCACCUACAACAGCGAGCCGACGAGACUCGGCAUUACUCAGCCCCGAUUCGGCACGGUAUCGGUCUGGAGCGGGAGAAGGUCGCCGCCGAUCCUCUGUCUCUUUGACUCGCGCCAGGAGACACUCUAGUUCUGCUCACAACUAUCCAGUUAGUUAUAUCGGUUCAUCUUCUCCAGUACGUGGCCGAUCAACUCGGGACUCCUCGUCGAACGCAGGCUCUCGGUACGAUCCCAACUAUGACUACAUCACACCUGCGGAAAACACAAGCUAUAACUACAAUGAAGAAUGCAGCCUGAUACCAGAUGGAGAUAGUAUUGCGAAUCCUGUUGCGAUGUACCUUGAGUACGAUGGACAUGCGGAUAUGUCGUUGGCCGAGGAUAUGCAAAUCGAUGGCAUGAUUCGUACAAAUGCUCAUGCGUUCUACCCAAUAAACCCAAGGAUCAAAGUUGUCGACUCUUCUCUCAAUGAUACCUAUUUUUGGGACGAAAGACAUUCGGAUACAGAGUUCGACUUUAAGAACUACUAUCUCAUACAUUUUAGCGAUCGAACAACUGGCGCAGAUAUGUUGCUUUCGAUAAAUUCGAUGGAGGUUUUGGAGAGGGAAUAUUAUUUCAACAUGAAAGCGAGAGCAAACAGCGAUGGAUUUGUGAUUGUCCACAAGGUUCACAGAUCCCCGGGGUGGCCUAGCUGA